GUUUUCGAGUCUUACUCGCGUUUUUUUUUAAAGGAAUUGGCAGUGCAAGAUGUGAAUGAUUUGUAUAAAAAGAUUGAGAAACUCGGUGAAGGUAGUUAUGCUGUUGUGUAUAAAAGUGAAAGCAGGAUUGAUGGUACCAUAGUGGCACUUAAAGAAAUUAAAUUGCACAGUCAAGAGGGAUUGCCGUUUACGGCGAUUAGAGAAGGUGAGUUGGACAAUUGCAAUGAAUCGAACUCAGUUCUUGAAGCGUUGUGCUUCCCAAAUUUUCAAAAAAUUUCUUUGAAAUUCAUAAUUAUCGUGACAUCAAUACAAAAGUUACAUUUCUUUUACAAUCAAGUGGGAAAUAAAGUUGCACUGUCAAAGAGACGUCCUUUUGGACAUAAACUUUUGCUCUUUAAUGUAGUAAAACUAAAAGAACGUCGCCUAGUAUGGGGACGGGAACGGGUACUAGAGAGAUUUUCUCCCAUCCUCGUGGCCACCGCCUCCUCACGGGACUAA